AUGGCCAAAAAAGUUGCCUAGAAAAAGUACUUGGGCUGGUCUUGGGCCACUGUGGUGGAGGUUUGGGGUACUUGUAUCAGAGUGACCCAUCAUCGAUAUUACUAGGAUCAAUGGGUACAAUACUCACAUUCCGUCAAUAUCAAAAACUGUAGAUUUAAUGCCUAGGAAAAGGAUGUUGGGUCCUGAAAAGGAUAAAGAAGAAUCGGUAUUUGGAACAUAAAUUAAUCCAUAUAUACAGAGAGAGAACCCUCACCAUCGAAUUCCUUUUAAAUGAACCAAAUCACAAUAAAAUAGAGACUGUCUGGGAAAACAAGACAGAAUUUUGCAGUAUGAGAGUUGUAGAAACAUGGGAAGGAAGAGAAAAUAAAGUUGAGGGCAAGUCAAAGAUCAGCAAUUAGUUCAAAAGGGAACCAAAUCAAACUAGAAGAAUGAGAAGAAAAUCUCAGUCAAAGUAGUCAGACCUUUACAGCUCGGGAAACAUAAUCUAACAUAUCAAAUGAUAAAGAGCUUGUAAGAUUCUUGAUUUACUUUCUAACAUAUAUUCCUAUAUUUACUUUCUGCUAUGUGCACUAUCAUCCCCUUUGGGAAUGGAAAAAACACACAAAUCAAAGAAGCAAAACAAAUAAAGGGUAUAAUAAUAUUGGAAGAAGAAUAUUUUGAGAGAACUCAUGAAGUUUUCAUAUAUAUAUCAUUUUUUUAUAACUUUUUAUUUUUUUAAUUUUCAUUAACUGCCCAUAUAACAAUGCAACAGCAGAUUCUCAAUCAUCCCCUCCACUCUUAAGGAAACAGCCAUGAUUGCACCCAGCAAUACUUUUCAAUAUGGAAACCUAAGCUCUUGAGCUACCCACCUUCUUUCGUUUCUGCUUGCUUUCUCCAUGAUCUUCUAGUAUAAAUCUGUCAGUCCCAUCAUCUUUAUUUUCACCCCCACCAUAUCAUCCUUUUUUCUUUUUCUUUUUUUCUUUUUUUCUUAUUUUCCAUGAUGGAUCCCUCAUGCACCACCUCUUCUGUCAAUGGCUUCUACAACUUUCUCAACCAAGGACUCGACGAUCUUGAUCAUUCCUUGCUCUCUCACGACUUCAUGUCAAUCCAAUACCUUCAAAAGGUGCUAUCCUCACUAAGAUCCUUUAAUUCCCAGCUAACCGUUUUGGUUCAAAAGCUUCACUUGCCAAUAGGUGAAAAAUGGCUCGAUGAAUACAUGGAUGAAAGUUCUAGGCUUUGGGAAGCAUGUCAAGUGCUUAAAUCUGGUGCCUCCGGGAUGGAAAAUUACUAUUCGACUGCUGCCAAUAUAGAAACCUCGAUGGAUGGUUAUCGCCGUUUGAGCCCUCAGCUCUCUCGUCAGGUGAUUCGGGCUAUAAGCGGUUGCCAGAGGGAAAUUGUAGCAUUGGAAGAGGAUCACAAGAGCUUGAUGGAAACAAGAAUUCAACCACUCUCAUUAUGUUUCGAUGAGAACAUUUCGUCAACAUCAAAUUUCAACGGGUUCUAUGGUUUUCGAGGUGUUCUUUAUGCAAUGAGGAACAUUAGCUCAUUGCUUUUGAUGAUCUUGCUUUGUGGACUUGUGUACUGUUGGCCUGCAUCGAGCUUUUGCCAAGGAGGAUCAGGGUUCGAGGGAAUAAUAUUGCUAUUGCAGCAAAGAGUUGCAAAUGAGAUAGAACACGUUGAUCAAGGACAGCCUGGGAUUUUGCUGCACGAGCUCCGGGAAGCGAAGGCAGCAAUGGAAGAGUUGAAAGUUGAAAUGGAGAGAUUUUUGGAGUAUGAAGUUGAGAUUGAUGUCCAAGACAGGGUCGAGAGGUUGAAGAGUUGCUUUGGGUCUUUGAGAUGUGGGGUGGAGGCUAUCAUUGGACAGAUUGAUGAUUUUUUCGAUGAAAUAGUUGAAUGGAGGAAGAAGCUUUUGGACAUGUGCACUCAUAGGUAGCAAGAAACUCUGGACAUGUGCAGCCCUGAGUUCAA